CCUUUUUUCCCUUUUUUCCCUUCUUUUCUCUUCUUUUACAUAUAUUAUUGUUUAAAUCAAUGACAUGAGUGCAUCAUCGUCGAAUGCAACCUCACCAUCGACAUCGAGUCGACCAUCUCAGCCCUUUGGUACGGGUAUGGUCAAGUCAGGGUCCAACUAUUCUCUCUUCCGAAGCGACAAUAAAAACAAAACCUUUACACGAUCACGACAAAACACGGUCGGAGGACUUGAUUUUGCAGACGAUCUCAACCGAAACAUAGGAUCAGAUUAUCAAGAAAUUCAAAUCAGAACAUUAACAAAGUGGGUCAAUGCACAACUUAGUACAGCAGACGAGUCUAUUAAAGACAUAAAGACCGAUUUAAGGGACGGUAAAAAACUACUCAAAUUACUCUCUGUCAUUUCCAAAGAGCCAGCACCCAAGCCAGAACGUAUGAACAUGCGUAUCCAUCAACUCUCAAAUGUUGCCCAAGCCCUUAGUUUUCUAGAGAGGCAGGUUGGUCUGGAUAGUAUGCCUGAUAUUGGAAAUGAGGCUAUCGUGAACGGAGAUGCUAAAAAGACGUUGGCUUUAAUUUUCUUCAUCAUGCUGAAAUAUCAAAUUCAACUUAUUGUUACUGAACAUGGCGAUGAGUUUUUACACUCCUUAACAGAGUUAUCCGAGCGUGAAAACGGUGUAAAAUCCAAAUCAACAGAUUUUAAUAUAGAACCAGCUAAACCAACACCUUUAUCACAUGCACGAAAGCUAGGCAGUCAUAAUUCGAUAGCAGAUAAACUCCAGCAUACUUCUACCUCGGCAGAAGCAAAAGUGGCACUUUUAUAUUGGGUUAGAAUUCAAUUAGAAGAUUAUAUCAGUGCAAAUAUUAUACCCUCUAUACAAGACUUUUCUCGAUCUUGGCGAAACGGUGUUGCUUUUUGCUUAUUAAUUCACCGUUAUAACCCAACCUAUAUACCCGAUUUAUUCAGUGUAUACUUGAAUAAUGCAGACCUAAAUGAAAAAGCCACUUGGAAUCAGUUAUUGAAAUUGGCUUUCAGCAUAGCCACUGAGCACAUGGGUGUACAACCAUAUCUGGAGCCAGAGGAUUUAGUUGAGGUCGACUAUCCCCAUGAACCCAGCGUCAUGAUGUACGUCAGCGAGUAUUACAAAAUCAUGUCGAAAUAUCAAUGUGAUGAACCCGUGAAUGUUAAACGUGAAAGGGCUUCUAAAAGAAAAGCCGAAAUUAUUAUGGCCUCAGGUGGAACUAUAGACUACAAUGAUGAUGAGGAGGAUGAAAUCUAUUCUUCCCCUCCACCCACAGAUGUACUCUCCACUUCUCCAACCACAAGCGAGGCUGAUCAUUUCUUACAGCAGAACCAAUUACAGCCCCCAACGCCUAUACCCAUGCCAUCUGCACGCAGGAAAAAGAAGAUGGCCCAACGUGAAUCAACAUUGGGGAAGGAGGAUAAAGCAAGAAUCAAGGCAGAUUUAAAUGCUAAAUUAUUAAUGCAGCUAACUGGGCAUUUGCCUCGUGGUGUGCAUCCAAUCCUCGAUGAACUGUUAACGAUUCAUGAGACCGUCUUAUCAUUUAUCAAAUCACAAACAAGAACGAUCGAUGAAAUACCCGAAGAGUUCAUUAGUUCUGCUUCAGUCACCGAGUAUAUUGAUGCACUCGAAAUUAUUGAGGAACAGGUGGAUAAUGAAGUGUCCCAUUUGGACACUGCCAAAAAUGCAAGAGAUGUGCUCACGUCGCCACCUGAAACUGCUGAUGAUACAUUGAUCCGACUUACUGAUCUGCAACGCACACAAGUGUCUAAAUUGUACGAGAUGCUGAAAAAAGAAUGGGAUCAAUUUGUCGACCUCUUAAAGACAACCAAAGAUGACUUACUGAGUGUGGAAAGUGCGCUCAUUGAUACAGAAGAAGGUGCUGAAGAAUAUCAACAUCGCGCCAACGAAUUAGAAAAACAAUUGGAUACAUUCAUAACAUCACUUGGACGAAUCGCUCCACUUUUAAAGGUAGCGACGGUGGUUGAAGAAUUAACACUUGCUGCCAACACAAAAUUACAUCCGAUAGAAGGUUUACCUGAAAAUGCAGAGCAGUACAAGACCGAUUUAGUUGACUUUUCAGAAAAAUUUAAAUCAUUUCAAAAUUCGUCCUGGAAAGAUUUCAGAAAAUCCAGUCGUCAAUUAUCUCGUGCUGUUAUGCAGGUUGUAUCUGUUCGUUCCAACGAGGUAAUUUCAAAAUACGAUACUCUGGUCAUUGCUCUGGAACAUGAACGCCAAGCUUGUGUAAAUUUUGAGCGUGGGCUAGUCAUCUUGGGGAAAAUACGCACUAUUGAUGAUGAACUAUCUCAUAUUCAACAAACAAUGGAGGAUAAUGGGCAACAAGAAACUACCAAUGAAGAUAUCCAGCAGUUAGAGAGUAAAGUAGCGGCUGUCCGAACCAUCAUUUACAGCGUUAAGGAAGAAUAUGGAGAUUUAUUGGAAUCAGACUCGCGUUUUAGGAAGAUGUUUUCGGAAAUUCAAGCUCGAUAUGAAAAAGUCAAUAAAUGGGUCGAUCAAGUCCGUGUUUGGUUUAUUGAAGCGGACCGUAUUCGGGAUUGGAUUGAAUUGCGUAUAAAGACAAUUAACGACAGUAACCAAAAUGUGGAUAUUGAUCCACUUACACUCGACAUGUCGCAUUGGGAGAAAUCCACUACCGACACAAUUUGUGAUGAACAUAAAAAGUUAAAGCGUGAAAUCGAACGUUUUGAUCAAGACGAUAUGACUCGACUUCGAUCCCAUGUAAUGGAAUUGACACAUGCAACAGAGGGAAGUAUCAGUCCCGCAGAUGCAUCCACCAUCGAAAUAACGUUGACUACGCUCAAUAUUUUGAAUCGUUUAAUGAAACUUUUGGAAAAACGUUCAAGAUUGAUCGAUACUUUACAAGUGCGUAUCCAGUGGGAGGACCUUUUGGCAAACGCCAUCAAAUGGUGUGAGGCAAAAGAUAGUGAAAUACACGAUUUUGUCAAUGGAAAAGCACGUUGGUCUGAACCUGAAGAGGAUGAAGUGAGUACUCAUUAUCUUAAACUGCUUACUGAAGAAGUGAUUCAAAGCUUACUGUCGCUGGAAAAUAGUAUUGCUGAAUUUGAUAAAGGUCACUUUUCCGAUGUAUUGGAUAGUUACCAGGAAAUCGAAGAGCUGGUUGACACCACCUUACCAAGUCAUAUGGAAGACCGUCAAGAAAAUUUUGAGAAUCAAUUUGGGCUUUUGAUGAAACGCUGCUCAUUUGUACGAAAGGUUGUGGAACAACACUUAGUCAUAAACGAUGUAUCCUCCCAAUUCAGGAAGUUGAGAGCCGAGGGAGAGAAGCUUAAAUCCUCCAUGACUCAUAGUACUGAUACCUCAUCCAACACCUCACAAUCUGAAAGCAACGUCUUUGAUGAACGUGUACAAGCAUUUAAAGAUAGCUCUUCCAACUGGGUUACCACUUUAGUGAAGCGUAUUCCGUACCCAGAACUCAGUGAAGGUUAUGCUGACGCCGAUAUAGCAUCUAACGAGGCAUCGAAUAUCUUGAUUAGCGACAGAAUGAACGAUUAUUCGACCUAUCUGGCGGAGAUUACGGAAGAACUCGAGGGAUUAUUAUAUUCACACCGAGAAAAUCUUUCUCUUCAACAACGUGCCAGUCUUGCAUACGAUGAUCUUUUACGCAUUGCCUCUUGGUUAGAGGAUAGAGUGCGUGCACUUCAAAAGUUUGAUGGCUCCAUUUUAGAGCAGGAGGAUGUUAUUAUCUUGGAAGAUGAAGCUUUAGUUCGACUUGAAAAGGAACAAGAAGGAAUUGCUGUCAGAUUAGAACAGUUGGAAAAACGUGAUAUGGCCAAGUCUUUGGACGCGGUACGUCGUCUUGAAGUGGAAAUUGACGAGACAAACUCAGUAUCCAUUGAUAGAAACACACUUGUCAGCGGUAUCGAGCGUUUAGAACAAGGCCACAGAGAACUCAAGAAGGCAUUGGAGACAAGAACAAGUGAAUUGACUGCUUUGAAAAAGCGUAUUUCAUGGGAGUCACAAUGGGAAGACGCAUACCAGGCCAUCACUGACCUGGCUCACAAAGUUUGGGAUUUCAACGACAGAUUUGCUCAAUUUGACACCGAAGGCUUGAAAAAGAAAAGAAUCAGCUUGUCUGAUACUGAGCCUGUUGUUGAAGUUGACAAGGAAUCCAUGUAUAAAGAUAUUCUAGACCAAGUAGCUGACAUCUCAUCUCAGUUUGACAUCAUCGCUUCAGAUUCCGCAUACCUUGAGCUACAAUCUACUUAUGCUAUUUACCAUGGUAAAGAAGAUCUGGACACGGGGAGUACUCCACAUCACAUCAUUGCAAAAGAAAAAGAUUUAAAAGAUGGUUACCAAGAUUUAAAUCAGCUGUCAGACUAUGUAUCCGAUAUUUUGGAACAGCAUAAUGAUAUAGCCGAGCUUGCUGCCUUAUGCGAUCAAGUUCAAACAGAUGGUGAGCUUGCUCAAGAAACUAUUCAAACUACCUUAAGAGAGUCUUCUUCAACUGCAACCUGUGAUACUCCCGCCACAAAGUCCGAACCAAUAAUCAGUAACGAAAUGAUCGAACACCUUACAUCUAUUCAAGGUCAAAUUGAUCAACUCUGUGAAACUGGUAAUUCAAUGGAAUACUUAGAAGGUGGCCAAUGGUUUGAAGCAUAUCAACCUCAAUCCCUAGUUCAGCCUGCUGAUUAUAACAAGCAAAUUCAGUCAUUCAUUGCCAAGAAAAUGGACAACUUAAACAAACUUAAGGAAUCCAUGGGAAGAAUUCUAAGUAAUUAUCAGUACGCCGAUUCGAUCAAAUCAAAAUUAGAUGAGCAACAGAUUGAAGCAAACCUUAUUUUGGAAUGGAUUGAAAAAGCUUCAGACUCAUUAAAUGGCCGUCAUAUUGAUGUUGCUGCCUCUUCGACUAGUAAGAUGUCCAAAGAUAUUGUAUCUACUUAUCAAUCCGAAAACAUGCGCCUUGUAUCUGAGCUGCAAGAGUUUGAAUCAACACGUAUUUUGGCUUUGCAAACAAAUUUGGAUCUAAUUACCAAAGAAGUGUCCGAAAACGCUUCCUCUAUUAUUACCGAAACCACAGAAACAUGUAAAUCGCUAUCCGAAAAUAUUCAUCGAAGUAUUCUGUCGCUUCGACAAGCUAUUUUUAACCAGUCUCUUGUCCUUGAUACUGCUGAUAAAAGACUUUCUUGGGAAAAAGAUAUGGAUGAAGCCCAAAGCCGACUUGACUUUGUGAAUCAUCAACUUCAACAAUACAUUUUAAAGAAAAACAAGUGCGUUGCUCAACAAGAAGUACUUUCAAAGGAUCACAUUGAAACACUUUCUGAUGAACGAUCCGAUAUCAAUCAACAGUGCCAAAAUUUCAAGACGGAUACAAUGGAACCUUUGGAGAAGCAAUACGAACAAGUGAAACUGAUGUUUAUAAAACUCCCUCUAACAAAGUCUAUUCCUGUACACAUGCAAGAACGUAUGGAGGUAUGUCUCCGUAAUUUGAAAAAAUUACAGGAAGCGCUCAUUUGGCGUGAAAAGGAACUAGAUUACAUCAAGCAACGAAGUGAACUGGAACUGGACAUCAAACAGUCCAUGCUAGAUCUUGAUCUUUACAGAAAAUCAAUUGCAUUGUUUGUGGAGGUAAAAGCUCGAUGGAAUCCCGACGAAAGUGAAGAGGACAUCGAUGAAAAUAUUACAGUUGAAGAUCAAUGGACCUUAGAAAAAGAACAAUUCGAAACGUACACAAAAUCAAAAUUAAUUCCAAUGAAGGACAAAUAUCAAUCCCUUCGAACUAUUUCUGAUUCUUUAAAACCAGGAUUUAUGUCUGAGUUACAUAUCAAGAAAAUAGAAGCUUUGACACAGGUGGAAUAUUAUGUGAAUGCCGAUAUUUCAUAUGCUCGACAAGUCGUUACUCAGAGAAUGCAGAUUUCUGAUCUACUUGACAGAACCUCAGAAUUAGAGAAGUUGGCUGAGGCCAUUAAAGAAGCGUUCCUAUCAUCACCCGCAUCGACAAAUCAAAAUAUGGCCACCAACAACCUGAAAUUGGAUGAUUUCAUUGUCCGAGUAGAAAAAGUUAAACAAUUCGCAAAAUCUGAUAUCGUAGUUCCUCAAAGAUCAAACCAGGAUGAUAUUGCCAUGCCCACUAAAGUCAAGGAUAAAACUAUGAAUUCUGUUGCCCAAGAUGUUAUUUCCACAAGAAUAGGAAGAUUAGAUGAGUUGGUGGAAAGUCUAUCUAGCUUGUUCAAAUCACAGGAAGUAUUUACUCGCCUCCAAUAUGUACUCAAAAUCUUUAAGCGACAAAUGACAGCCUGUGAUAACUGGAUUUCCUCAAGACGUGAUAUAUUAGAGAAAAGUGUACAUAUAUUGGACGAUGACAACUUGGCUCUCGAUAUUGAUCAUCUACGAGACGCAGUAAGUGAAGCAGAUAGUAUCCAAACAGCUAUGAAGGCGCAUGACAACAAUUUCACCCUUCUCUGCAAGCAUCGUAAAGAAUACAUUAUGAUCUUUGAUGAACAAGGAUUGCUCAGUGACGAAGAAAAAGAGAACAAAAUGGCUGAAUUUGAUGAAGUAUCUGCCGCUUUCGAAGGUAUUAGUCGUCGAUGGGAUGAUCUGUUACUGGAAACCAAGGAAGUAUCAAAUGCUUUAUCCAUUGCCCUCUUGCCUGCUGAGCUGAAUGGACGUAUUUCGAGUCUGAUGGCAUCGUUUGAAGCACUUCAAGAUCAAAUUAAGUCUGUGGAUGAGUCUUCAGUGACUGACUAUCAAGUUAGUGAGUGGCAAAAACGUAUUGAUGAUCUGGAAUACAAAGAGUACAAUAAACUCUUUUCGGAAGUAGGAGAAUACAAACAUACCAUCAACUCAGACAUGGUUGAGUCUCUGAUGUCUAAAUUAGAUCAAGCAGGAGAUACUGUACUAGAGAUUCGUGCAACUUUAACUAGUCUCUACGAUUUGAUCAAUGCAAGUCGUCUUCGGAAUACUCAUGCCGAGAAUUCCGAACUUUUUCAUAGUUCUGCAAAGAAAGUACUUGAUUCUAUUAAGCUAAUACAGGAAGGAAGAUUCAGUUCCACUACUGAUAAGCAGACAACAGAAGAACGUGCUCAGCACUUUAAAGAUCUUACGGUUGCACACAAGCAAAUUAAGGAAUCAAUAUUGGAAUGCCAAGGGUUUUAUGAUGAUUCUGACUCCUACUACAGUGGCAUGAUGGUACAAGAUGUGAAUACCCCUGAAACUCAAAAAGUGCAAGAAAAUGUCGAAAAGGUUUGGAGUAAUGUCGAAUCUAAAAAUUCGGGUCUAUCAGCUUUUGUAACUAGAACAUCAAAGUGGAUUGAAGGAUGUGAUGAAUUGGAUAAGCUUAAAAAGUCUUUGGAAAUCUUAAAAGUGGAUGUCGAUAAAGUAACAGUUGUUCAACUUCAUCCUUCACCAAACAUAAAUCACAAGAUUCAGAAAUAUGAAAAGCAGUUACUUCAGAUCGCAAUGAAUCUUGAAGAACUUGAAAAUACGGUCAAAAAUACACCAGACAUGGAACAAGACAUUACAAAUAAAUCCAAGUUUUUAACUCGUAGUCAAGAAAUUCGGGAAUAUAGCCUAGUACUUCAACGUAGCUUAGAUAAGAGAAGAAUGGACAAGGAAAGAACUUCAUUGUUUGAAUCAUUUAAAGGUGAAGUGACCAAGGUUUCUAAAAUAUGUGAAGAUCAAAUCUCUUAUAUUCGACAACAAUCAACUGCUAAUCCAGAAAAUCAUUUGAAAAAAGCCGACGCCGUCAACAGUAUCAUCAAUGCAUACAGUGCAGCUCUGUCUCAUAUUCAGGAUAAUUACAGUGAAUGCAAGAUGAAGCAUGAUGGUAUCAUCUCAGAUCACGCCACCAAACUUGUCAAAUCGUUUGAUCACCCUUCUUCGGAAAUUUACAGUGCCAAGCUUGGCUUGGAGAAACUUUUAAAGGAGCUGGAUGCCGCUCUUAAAGUUGAGAAUGAUUAUAUCACAUCGCUGAAAUUGUUGGGCCGUCUUAUGAAAUUUGAUAAGGAAAUCAGCCGAAACAUAAACGAGCUAAAGGCAGGCAAUUCCCGACCCUAUACUGGCAAAUCCUCAAGAACAAGUCGCACUCGUGAUUUACCUGAGCUCAAAGAAUACAUGCAAAAAUUUGAUUUAAUCGAAACGUCUAUUCGUGAAUUUCAACAAAAAUGCGACGAGCUUAAGAAAAAUCUUAACAAAAGAAUCAGUUUAGCAAGAACCAGUGCUAUUACCAAAACAGUGGAUAGACGUAAGGAUGAGAUGAACAGAAAGUGGGUAGAAAUAAAAUCUUCUGCAGAUGAGACUCGUGAUCGUCUUGACACUAUACAUAAACGUCAAACUGCUGCAAUGAAACUUUCAGAAUCAUUAAAAUAUGUCUGCAGCUUAAAAGAUCGUGUUGAAGUACUCCAAUUAUCUGGCCAAAGUGUAUCUAUCGAAGAGCAAGAACUAAAUGAACUUCAGGAGGAAAUUGAUGUAACAUUGAAAAAGUACACACAAGACAUCGAUGCACUGUUGAAAACUUUGGGACAUAAUGAAAUUACUAUGGCAUCAUCCUUAUCCGAAGGAUCUUUGAAGAUGCAACGCGAAAAAUUGAAGCAAUCAAUUGAAGAACUUCGUCAAUUGGUCAAACAUCGUUUGAAACAAGCUCACACAGAAGGAAGUAUUACAGAAUUUUUUGGGAUCACUGACCAAGUAGACUCAGAUAUUUUACUGUUAUCUAAAGUUAUCGAGGAGACAUCAACACAACAUGCCAGUGUUGUUGGAUCAAAGUUUAACAAAGCAGAUUUACAGCGAUUACUUAAAACUUUGACAACAACUUACAAAAAGAGCGAACCUAAAAUUUCGCAACUUUUAAUUAAAGCGAAGUCGGAAGCACAAAAACAGUUUUUGGAUGAUAAUGAUCGUGUCGCAAAGAGAUUGCGCAAAACAAUGAAGGAUUGGUCUAAUGUGCAGGCUUCUGUUUCCUCCCGGGAGAAAGAAUUACAGACUUGUAUUAAGGAACUUAACCACGAAUUUUUCACCAAACUUGCUAUGGCUAAAUCAACGCCUCGAGAGCGAAGAGCGCGUAGAACCAGUAGAACUAGAACCGAACUAGUUCCUCCCCCAGGUCCAAGACAAUUUAGUUUCAGAUCUUCGACUCUUUCGACUGAAAUGAAAAUGGCAACUCCUAAUAACUCAGCUAUGCGCAGAUCAAAGACUCCAACCAGCCCAAAUGGCCGCAACAGUACCUCAACAUAUGUUGCAGAUCCUAAGAAUGAAUUGGAUGUACAAUUGGGUUUAAUCGUGAACGAAAGUCCGUUCCGUAUGAAGGUUAAGAUGGUUCCUGGUGAAGUCGGUAAAUAUUGGUUCGGUGAAGAACAUCCCAGGUUGGUCUAUUGCCGCAUUUUACCGAGUAAAAUGGUCAUGGUUCGUGUUGGCGGUGGUUGGGUCGAAUUGUCAAGAUUUAUGAAAGAUCAUGGUCAUAGUGAUAAUCUUGCCACCAAGUCAGAAAGUGGAGAAACACGAUAUCUUUCCGUCAGUACUCAUAAUGACGGAAUCGACGGAGCUCCCUCAUUCUCUGUCACAACCAGAAGUGGUUCACCCAUGGGACCAAUUGUGGGAACACCUAUAAUCCGCCGUGGAAGUGGUGUGAGUAGUAGUCUUACAAAUCGAUCAUCGAACUCAUCGUCCGGAUACGUAGAGGGCGACAAAUUUAUUCAGACUGAUGAAGAAGGUAAACAAGUAUCUUUGAAAAUGGUCAAAGCCGACAGCUCAGCAAAAACUAUUGGCUCUAACAAAAAAAGAGGAGGAGGGUCCUAAAUUACCUUAAUAUCUAUCACACUUUACAUUUUAUAAUUGACAAUAACUUUAAUACCUUUUUUAAUAUAAUCAAACCCAACAUCGCUAUGUUUUUUGUCUACAUGAUA